AUGUUCUCCAUGGCAGAUAUGGACUUGAUGCUCCUAACAGCUCCCUCAGCAGCUGUCCUUUUGGAUAAGCUUAUGGAGCUUGAAGGUGAAGUCAGUCUAGCGUGUAGCAUUACUCAUACAGCUAGCGACGCGGAGCCUCUCCGCAUUUACUACUCCUCAUACAUUUUCGCUCUUCUCCUGGAGGAUCAAAUCUAUGAAACACGUAUGCUGCUGAGGAGGCUACCUGAGUCUCUUGUCAAAGUGGAUCCUAUACUGCAGAGCGUCAUAUCACUUGUGCGAGCAGUUUGGAAUAAGAACUACGAUAAAAUAUACUCCCUUCUACGACAGACCCCAUGGCCAGAGCCCAUGAAUAAAUCUUUAGUUCAGCAGUAUCACCGCUACUUCCACAAUAAAACGUUCGAUGAGAUUAGUUUUGCCUUCGGAUCGAUCCGGCCAUCAACUGCUGCACACUAUCUCGGCCUCGACUCCUUAGGAGACGAUACAAUGAGUGAUUCCCCUGAUGGCGCAUGCCCCAAACUGGUUGACAGGCUUACAGGGAAAGGUUGGGAAUGGAACGCGGAAUCAAAGUUAUUCAUUCCGAAGGUGAUAACUGAAAUACCGAAAGAGACUGUUUCAAACGAUACUAUGAUAAGCCGAUUGGUGGCACAACAGAGGAGCCAUGGCGACUAA